GAAGGGACUAUCUAUAAUCUUAUACGUCUAUGGUUUACGAAGGCAAACGGCGAUAAAACUGGCCCGCAUUUUUUCAAUAUAUAUAUAGAAAAAUUUUCAAUAAGUUUUCUAUAUUUGUAUUCCACAUCUGAACAUACAUUCGUCUCUUCAAUUUUAAUGCAGAUAUUUCUAAGGGCAAAAUAAAUAGAAGUGAUGGCUAAGAGAAGGACUAUUAAUCGAUUGUCCAAACAAUUUUCCAAAAAUAAAUCAAAUGAUUCCAUCAGCUCUAGAUUUCUCGAUCCGGAAACAAGCAUUAUAUCUGAAGAGUCAGCACAUUGGUGGAAGAACUUUGACGAAAAUAUGUCUUCGCAGCAUUCCUUAAUAUAUAAUAGUAGAAAUGAAACACCUCAACAACUGAAUCUUGAUUCGGAAUUAGAAUCUAACCACAACACAUCACAAUGGUGGAAACAUUUGGAAUCCCCUAAUAGUAGAAGCAAUACUUCAAGAAGAUCGAGACCGAACUUAAGUGCAGCAAUAAAUACAGAUAAUAUUUUGGAAACUUCAACAUCUGAAUCAGAAAAAGAACUCAGUUUGAGAAAGAGAAAAGUUCCAUUGAGAGUAGCAAGUAGAAAGAGUGAUAGUAAGGCUUUUUUGGAUGCUUUAAAUAAUACCGAAGUAGCUAUUCCAAUAAAAUGGCGAAUGAAACAAACACGGUAUUCCAAUUUGUAUAGCAAUUCAGAUAAAGAAGUCUCGGAAAAGAAGUUAGAUGACAAUAAGGAAGGUAAUUCAAAUUUGAGUUUAAGUCCAAGUCCAAAUAUUUUGAAAUCAAAGCCACAUAUUUUUAAGAAAAGAAGGGAUGAAGGGCCAAGUGGUGAAAAUCCCUUUCAGGAUAUAGUAAAAGAAGAUGAUAGUUUAAAUGCUAGGAAAAAAUCUGCCACAUUUGAAAAAAAAUCUUCAAAACGUUCAAUACAUCAAAAUAUUAAUACAAAUAAGGAUCGUAUUGAUGAUCAAAGGGAAGCAAUACAAGUGUCGCAAACAUUACCACUGGAGAAUAAUGAAGCUGGUCCUUCAAAUUUAUCAACUUCGAAUACAAUGCUUGAAAAUAAUGAUGCAUUUGAUAUUAAUAAGACUGUUGAAACUAGUGAUGAAAGCGAUCUUUCUGAAAUUAGCAAACGUAAACGUUUUAAAUUUAAAUCCCAUCUUAUGCAACGCGCGCGAAGAAGUAUGAGUAAUGAUCCUUUUAAAGAUGUUCUUGAGGAAAACAGAGAUACAUCUUUGUCUAAACAUAAUCAGGAUAAGGAGAUUGAUAUUCAUAGUGCAACAUCUCCAUUAAAAACAAAAUCAUUAAGCAGUCCUUCGAAAAAGAUUGUUAAUAGAUCUAGGAGGACAUCUAAGACUGAUGUCACACAUGAAAACAUGCUCGCAAGUUCACCUAUUCGUAGAAGCCCAAGAUCUUUAAAAACGACUAAGAAACAUUCGUUAGACAUCACAGCACCAGUCCAAGAUAAUAUUGAACAAAAUACAAGUAAUUCAUCUUUAGAUAAUAAUGAAUUUCACUUUAAAAAGCCUGUACAUUUGAAGCUGAAAUCAAAAAUUCCAAUCUUACAUAAAAAAAACCUGACUAAUCCAUUCAAAGACAUACUUACGGAGGAUAGCAAUAUCAAUGCAAGAAAGAGUAAUAUUGAUGUGCCAGCUGAAGAUAAUCGCAUUUCUGUUGAACAAGAUAAAAUUACAACAGAAAUUAGUCAAGGACAUGAACAGGUAAUGGUGGAAAAUUAUCCACUAUCAAAAACAGGAAGUGUAAGUGAAGAUUCUGAUACAUCUCUUAUAAUAUCACCAUCAAAAAAUGUGGAAAAUGUAUCAGAAAAUCUUAAUGUGCAACCAAAUAGACUCUCAGAAAGUAAUGACAUCAUGAAUGUAUCAAAAUCUAAUUCACAAAGAAACAUAAUAAUUGAAGACAGAUCUAAUGUAUCACAAAAGAAACGACUUUCGUUUAGUCGUAAAUCUAUAAGAGACAUUUCUGAAAUUUCGAAGGACCAUACAAAUGCAAUUUCGUUCGCUGAUAGAACAAAUAUUAAUGAGAUAGAAGCACGUAAAGUUACAAGUGAUCACAAAUCUUUUAUAACGAAAGAUGCAUCAUCUACAUCGAAUGUUCGGAAUUUGCUAACUUCGCAAUUUGUCAAUGCUGAGAAUUUUGAGAAGAUUAAGGCGGAGGUAGACAGAUUAAAGAUUCGCGAGAUGGCCGCGAUAAAAAUGGCUACCGAAAAGAAAGAAUCUGCGUUAAAAGCGACAACUGUGAAACUUUUUGGUGCUACACGUAAACAACCUACGAAGAAGAACAUUUCUCCAAAGGUAGUGGAUAAGGCAUACCUGGUAAAUGGAAAAGUGUACAAACCACCAAGGCUCCCUCGUCCAAAACACUGGGCUACGGAUCAUCUUUAUAAGUUCUUGUGGAAACACAUGGAGCCGAAGUAUCAAUUGUCGACUAGAGUGCGAUCCGAGAAAUUCGUGGUGCUGCUGUCCAAGAUAGUAUCCAUCAUAAAGCGCCGUAAAAAGUAUGAGAAUUACAAGCUCGAAUUAGAAGCCCUGAUGAAGGAGAUGGCUCGUUUAAACAUCAUCAAUACCCGUAACGAUUUUCAUCAUUUCUGUCAGAAUUUUUUGCCGUACGAGUUUCGCAUUAAAGUGGUUCCUAUGUUAUUGCCUGGCAACAAGCAAAAUAUUCCUUUUGAUCCAGAAAAAUUGCACAUUCCCUUGCUUGAGGAAACCUAACGAUUUGAACUAUAACGCGAAAACAUGAUUCUGCAAUGAGAUAGAAUGUUAUAUAUGAAGUGUUUUUUGUUCAAGCUCUUAAUGUUCAUAUGUCUUGUAUAAAAUUGCGUCGAUUGCCGUAUAUAUAUAAUUAAUCCAUGUAAAAUAAUAUUAUAUAGAAUAGAUAAAUGAUAAUAUAUUUUUGAUAAAUCUAAAAGAAAAUCUAGAAUAUAUAAAAAAAUAUUUUCUUUCAGAUUUGUUACUUGAAAGUACAGAUAAUCGAUUUUCGUUUUAAGUAAGAUAAAAAAAACAACCGCGAAAGACAUUAAAAAAUAACACAAGUUUUGCAUAUAAACUAUACUGUUGAAUGAACAUGGAUAUUUUUAUUUAUAAUAUUAUAUAUAAUACUGUCAUUUAGUCAAAAAAUACAAAAAUUACAAGCAACAGUAGAAGACGGACUUUAUUUGUUUAAGUAAGUCCGUUGAUUAAAAUAUUUACAUAAUAUUGCAGGAAUCUUAUAUAAAUACACAAUUCUCUUUUAUGUAUAUAUAUAUGUAUUUUGAAUUUGUAUCUCGUGUCAUUUCAAUUGUGUAUAUGUGUUAUAUGCGUUAAGUAUUAAUAACUAUCAUAUAUGCGAUCGAACGGGCCGGAAAUUAUUUGUACAUCGCGCGCGCGAACAGCCAAUAUUUGUGCUCUCGCUGUCUCUGUCGGCGCCCCAUUUGGCAUGCGUCCCUCGGACACGUGUGACGUUCGAUACGCACUAUUCCCACGCCUUCGAGAGAUACUCGUAUUUCCAUUUUAGCCACUUUAACCGAUCCGAUGUGUAUAUAUCGCGUGUUUAUUUACUUAUUCCGGUUAACGUGCGUAUGUCGUGCCUAUGUUAUAUAUAAAUCUAUUGUGAUCUCUGCGGGAUUAUAAAUACCAUCCUAAUCGUUAGCUCUGUACGAUAAUCUCUUCCCGCGCGAGCAAACAAUUCUUGUUUUUCCUCGGCGUUCACAACAAAAAUUAUUCAUAUGUUGCUUUAUGAGUAUGGAUGAAAUAACAUUAGGUGAAUUGUCGAUUGAUACACAAGAGUUAUUAUAAAAUCUUUUUUUUUCUUAAAAUGAAGUAAUUUAUUAGGACAUUAAAAACGUGUGAAAUAGUUCAAAUAAUUAUUACAGCUUUUCCGAAAUAGCGAUUGAUAUAAAUAUACGAAUCGACGUGUUAUAAAAAUAAACACUUGGCAUCUAA